CUGGGCCUGGAGGACCCCUGACUGGUGGGACUUUAUCAUCAUCAUAACACAGAACCAUGUAAACAUUCACAGCAUCACAUGAAAACUGCCCAGAAACAUGAAUAUUGACACGCUCACUUCCUCAGUCAAUCUUAAUGGACUCUUAAACACAUUCAUACAGAGGUAAUGAAAAGUUUGGCUGCAGCCCUGAACAAAGUCCGGUGUUUGUUAGAGUCACAACAGCAGAGUUGCUGAGUGUGUUCCUGGUGAAGUUCAGAGGAAGUUCUGGAUCAGACACAAACGUGCUGACAGGAAGCUGCUGGAGAGAUCCGCCAAAAACGGGCUUUAGUGAGGAUUUAAACAACAUUUCAAAGACAAACUGACUGCAGGGAGGAAGUCAGUUUUCCGUCAUGUAAAAAGUUCACAGCUCAACGGAGCACAUCCAGCCAGGUCGGACCGCUGAUUACCGGUACCGGACAGAGUCGUGCGGGCCAUCGCCACAGACGGGUGACCGAAAAGCAUAAUGGCUGCAAGUGUGUCUACAGAUGCUUCCUGUCCAAAGGGAACGCUGUCCUCGUGUGAAGAACGUUUCUCUCCAGUUCUUCCUGUGCAACUGACAAUAGUCAAAGGUCCCUCUCAUCUUCCUGCUGAUGAAGAGUUACAGGAAAAGUUCAAAGGGAAAUUAUGCCUCCUGCAGUAUGAAAACGCUGAAAUCAACGAGCUUUUUAUGGAACUGUGCACUCACCUUGUCUCUGUUGACAGUGAAGCAAAAACCAUUUUUGUGACAUUCAAAACAUUCGAGGAAAUAUGGAAAUUCACCACUUAUUACAAAUUAGGUAUCUUAGGUCACUGUAUUGGCAACCUUUUGUUAGACCCAACAGUUUGGCUCAGCUCUGUAGAGGACGAGAUCACUGUGGAGGUCUGUAUUCAGGAGGAAACCUUGAACCUUAUCUACAAAGGAAUCCUCAUGCAAGAAGGUUCAUUUUUUGGACGUUGCAGUGCCAACCAAAUAUUUGACAGCUCUACAUCCGGAGAAGACCUUUAUCUAGAGCAGGGAGAUUUAGCCCAGUUUGAGCCACCUUUCCUAGGCUCUGAUUGGACUGUCCGUUCCCUCACCGAUGGAGCCAGAGGUACUUCACCUAAACCUGCUCUAGAGCCCGUCAUCCCUUUUCACCAAUGGUUUCUCACAUCAUCUGCAGAAAGUCUUUUAAUUGGUAGUGGAAAGCCUGCCUGUCAUUUCCCUCUAGAGUUUGCCAGUGGACUUUGUCUCGCCACAGAGGAGUACAACGCUGAAGGCCCUGAUGAGCUGACUUUGGCCCCUGGUGAUCACAUCCUCAUAGUGGGGUUUCUGGUGUCUUGCUUUGAUUGGUUUACAGGAAUGAUGGAAAAAACAGGACAAGUGGGACUUAUAAAGACAAGUUUGGUCAAACCAUUUGUUGAAACUCUCAACUCAGCAGAUAUUUUAUUGGAUGGUGAGGAAGGAAAGUUCGCCUGUCCACAAGAUCAAAGUAUCAUAAAAGAGUCAAUCGAAUCUUUAAAGAAGACUUUUGAAAAUGAUGCUGGUCUCAACUACAAACUGGAUAUUAUCCCCUCCCACAACAAUGGAGCAAAACCAUCAGCUGCUCCUCUUUGUGAGGAUGAAACUCACCAGACCGAACUGAGGGAAAACAUCCAGACACUUCUUGCACCCAUUAAAUUUUCAUCUCCAGAUCACACCAUCAACACGAGUGAGACCCAAAAGGACUGUAAAUACCUCAGCCCCAUCCGUUUCACAGUUCACCCUCCUGCAGAGGGAAUCCAAAGCACACAGGACUUUGUUCCACUUUUCGCCAUUUUGGACGGACGAGACUUCAAAGAAGAGUUUGGUGUCCUGUAUGAAAUGAGUUCUGAACAGCUCUCGUCCGUCAUCUUUGAAGGUCAUGCUGACGAAGACGGGCUGAUUUCGUAUCUAUGUGCUGCCAGAGAAGUAUCUAAGAAGAAACGCCUCUUCUGGACACAGACUCGUCUAUGCCUUUUGUUGGGUAAAUUCUGCUCUGGGAGAUCAAAGUUCAGCCAGGCUCAGGCAUUCUUUGAGGAGGCCCUCUGUGUUCCACCAGAGAGCUUUACAGACCUCAGGUUAUUAGCUAGCAUCUAUUUCCACCUUGCUGACAUGCAUGCUUUCCAGAGGAACAAGGAGAGUUUCUUUGCUGUGUCAGAAAGACUUGUUGCCCUACUGCUGGCUCUCCCAGACUGCCUGAAAGGUUUUGAGGACAACUGUGUCCUUGCAUACAUGAUGAGAAAAGCGAUUCUCUCACAGAACAAACAGGCAGAGGCCAGGGCGUGCUAUCUCUUAGUGAAGCACCAUUUGACAAGUGGGGAGGAGAAUCAGGUAGUCCCUUAUCUCGAAAGACUACUUGUUGCUUUUAAUGAGGCUCAACAACCAUGGAGCCUGGUUCCUAGUCAGGUGUACUUGACCUUAGGAGGACUUUACAGCAAACUCCACCGUCCCCUCCUCAGUGCCAGUUCAGCCAAGGUAGCCUCUCUGCAGCCCUUUGUUACCCUCUCUGACUGCCUUGGUUGUAUGGUAUUGGUUCUGGACAAUUUCCACCAUCAUGGAUCCACAGAGCGGGACAUUUUGCCUCAGGUGGCUCCAUAUUUAUACCGAGGCCUAAGUUUUACCAAGGUUUCAGAAGCAGGAGUAACUCAUUACCAAUCUUUGAGCUACCAGCUUACAUUUUGUCUCAGCCAGCUGUUUUACAAGUACAAAAUGGUCAAAUGUGCCAUCAAGUGUAUGAAUUCCUUCAUCAACAACAACACACACUUGGAGCUGCUCCACCUUUCAGCUGUGGAGCUCAACUCUGGCCUGAUUUGGUUGGCAUGGCUUAAUCUUGAAAACAAUCAGCCAACCAUUGCCUUGGACAUAUUGGACUCAGUCGUAGCCUCCUUGCCUGAACACAACACAUCCCAUCAGGAAGGGGUGGUUCUCAACAUGCGUGGUGUGACUCUUCAGAGCAUGGGAGACCAGCGGAGGGCAGCAGAGAGCUACCAAGCUGCUGCUAACUUUUGCCAGGAGGCUGAGGAUUUUUUAAACUGGGCUGUGGUUCAAGCCAACCUUGGCUUGCUGUGUCUCAAGGCUGGAGCUAAAGGGUUAGCGCAGAGCUACUUAGUCAAGGCUGUGCAGCUCUUCUCAGAGCUCAAAGGAGAAAGUCAUGAAGAAAUGUUCAUCUCUGUGCUGCUCAAGUUGGGACUGCACUUUGUCGAGCAGGGGAACCUGGAUUAUGGAAAAGGAUGCUAUGAGUGGGCUCUGCUGCUGGCUAUGAGGGCCAACCUGUUAGACUGCCAGCUCAGUGCAACAAGACAUCUGUGCAGUCUUUAUGGACGCGAGAGUCCAGAUCUGGCCCGGUGUAUCAUCUACGGCAAGCACCAGGCACAUAUCCUGAGACAGAGCAGAGACAGAGCGCAGGAGGCGGGGGCUCUGGAGGCUGUCAGCCAGCUCUACCUCGGUCUGGGCACAUGCAGGGCCUACCGGACAGCUCUGGACUACACCAAAAGCAGUCUGGGCAUUUUUAUCGACCUGGGCUGCAAGGAGAAGGAGACCUAUGGCUGGUUAAAAGCGGGACACAUCUACCACUUACUGGGUCAAACAGAGCUGGUGGACAUCUAUAUUCAGGCAGCUCAGGAUGUAGCUCUCAGCACUGGAGACACCAGCUUUAUUCUUAAGCUGCUAGAAGCUUCGGGAGAUCUUUUCUACAGCUGCCAGGACUCUGACAGAGCCAUCACCUUCUACAGGGACCGUGCUCAUCCUGUAGCAGUGAAGAGCGGGGACGUGCACUGCAGGCUCAGGCUGUGUAAUAAACUGGCUCAGGUGAUGCUCCAGCUCGGGAUGUAUGAAGAGGCAGCUAAGUUUGCUCAGACAGCGGUGGACAUCAGCAUCAAUCUGGGUGAUGAUCUGAACCAGAGAGUGGCCUGCUGCCGCCUGGCGUCUCUGUACCGCUCUCUGCAACAGUACGAACUGGCUGAAUAUUUCUACCUGAAGACGCUGAGUCUGUGUCCAACUCCUUUGCAGUUUGAUGAGGAAACACUUUUCUAUGUCCGAGUGUACCAGACUCUGGGGGACAUCACCUUCUACCAGCUGAAGGACCCGUUUGAUGCUGCUGGGUACUAUCAGCUGGCUCUUGCUGCUGCCGUGGAUUUGGGCAACAAGAGAGCUCAGCUGAGGCUGUGCACCCGCCUCGCCACUAUCUACCACAACUUCCUGAUGGAACGGGAGCUCUCACUGUUUUUCUAUCAAAAGGCCCGAGGCAUUACUACAGAGCUGAAUGAGAGGAGGAUGACUAUCUCGUCAGAACAGAGAGUGACCAGCUAGUCUUAAAACUGAUCUACAUGGUCAGAUGGUCAGAGAUGAAGGGUGGGGAGGCUAUAGGUGAACCUGUCUCCUCCUGAGUCCACAGUACCUAUCCUAACUUGAUCAGUACCAAGAAAAUAAAACCCAAAAUUGGUUGUACUGUUUCCUAUUUGAUGGGUUUUUACAUGAUUUAACUUUUAAAACAUGGUGGCCUAAGCUCUGUGUGCUAUACUGUUUACCGAGGAGGCUUUAGUUUAACCGAUGUUGGCUGUGCAUAAUUGUUGCGCUGACCAGAGGUGUGUCUGCCCCCGUUUAUUUUCUCAUCCUUUUCCUGCAUGCCGAGUCCGCUGCACAUUGCCAGUGCGUAUCUGUCAAUAGAACAGGGAUUCCCCCGGGGAUGCGCAAGCUGCCGCUAGGGGGUGCGCAAGCUGCCGCUAGGGGGUGCGCGAGCUGCCGCUAGGGGGUGCGCAAGCUGCCGCUAGGGGGUGCGCGAGGUGAAAAGUGUAAUGGCUACGGAGCUCAGAGAAGUCUGUCAUAUGUCACCAUUGGCAUAGCCAGAAACUCAUUUGUGGGUGGGCCUAAGAAAAAGUAAGUGGGCCCAAUAAAUGUAAUUGAAAACAAGUAUAUUUUUGCGCGUGUGUGUGUCCUCCGCAUGUGCCCUAUAGCUUCAUAAUAACAAUGCGCCGAGCUUCAUCACUCUGGCCUGCGCACGCCUCCUCCGUGAUAAAACCUUUUAAGAGAUUUUAUUACAACAUUUUUCAUUCAAGGUCAAAUUAAGAUAUUAGCUUCUACUUUGGGAUGACGUAUUAAAGUCGGGUCCGCUCCAGCCAGUGACUCCUCAUGAACCUGACCACAACUCCUGUUACUGCAGCAUUUGUUAUUCCAGUCCGCGUGGCAGCCAUGGUGGCAGCGGAUCGCAGACUCAGCCACACCAUAAAACAGCAAAACGUCGGUCUGAGGCAAAAGUGAACCUCAUGGCUAUAUCUAUUCCAUCUUUUCCCCUAUAGACAUUUGAUUACGCACAAGUAGGUGGCCAGUUCGGGUUUACGCAGAACAGAAGGAAGGAGAGCGCUCUGCCUACAAUAUUUUGAUAUUUUCCACCCUAGCAGGUGCCAGAGGUGGAAAGUAACGAAUUACAUUUACUCACGUUACUGUAAUUAAGUAGCUUUUUUGAGUAUUUAUACUUUUGAAUUUAUUUAGAAAAUCUGUACUUUUACUUUUACUUGAGUAUGUUUUUUAAAAAAGAAUUGUAAUUCGCUACAUUUUAAAUCAUAUCCGUUACUAAGUAAAAACAAAUUGUAGACUUAAUAAAUAAAAAAUAUUGCAUGUCGCAGCAUCGGAACAGAGAAAGACGCCUGCAUGAGCGCCGCUUCUAAACCGUGGGGGGCUUGGGUGUACACUUGAUAACGAGGGCAAACGGCCAUCUUUACCGCAGUUUCGCUCAAAAACAUACAAGUUACAUAGAUCUUUUUUUUUGCUUCCAUUAGUUGAAAAAUGAGAAAAGCCCCUUGAGAAAAUUAUUGUGAAUUAAAUUGUAAUUGCAUUAUUGAAGAAAAAAUCGCAAUUAAAUUAUUUUCCAAAAUCGUUCAGGCCUAAUUUAUGAUUUCAUGGAAAAGUCAGCGAUUGUUCAUGUGUUCAUGAUGUAUAUUAAUGAUUGCUUCAGGUGUUGUUGAGGUUUUGUGCACGCACGUGUAUCUGCUAGUGUUGAAGGUGUUUUAGAGAACACUAGGUACGCACGACCGCUUCCUUCAUAGCACCUUCAAGAAAAAGACUAGCUCCUACAUAGCACCUGCAGAAAA